AUGAAGCGUGGAGUGAAGCUGGAGCAAUUCAUCGUCCAAAAUGAUCUCCACGUUUUAAACGAUCCGUGCCAACCACUUACAUUCCAAAGUGUCAAUGGUCAAUCUUGGAUUGACGUCACAUUGGCAACCUCGAACAUACUUCCUCUUGUGGAAUCUUGGAAUGUACGCGUGGAUUGGACAUCCAGUGACCACAGAGUUAUUGACUUUGGCAUCCGAUUUAGGAAGGCGCCCAGCACUUCUGUAUCCUCCUCCGGUCGAUUUCCUGUGAAAAAGAUGGACGUGAACGCAUACGAAGUAAGCUUCAAAGAGCUUGCAGAAGAGAAACUUGCUGGCCUCCCAGUUGAACGGAAAGAGGAUGUUGAAGCGAUGGCUGACACCAUUACUGAGUGCAUAGUCAAAGCCUGUGAGACCUCAACGCCAGUUCACAAACUGUUCAAGAGGUCUCACCCUUGGUGGAACAGAAAACUGACUUUUCUUAAAAGACAGCUGCACAUGCUGCGAAGGAGACGGCAGAAGAAACAAGCAAAAACCGGAAAGUCUUACCCGGAGCUUGUAGCUUUUCGCGGGGUCCUCCGCCUGUACAGAAAAUCGAUUAGGGACGCUAAAAGGGGUAGCAUUCGUAAGUUCAUCACAAAGAUCGGUAACGAAGAACCGUGGGGUUACGUCUACCAGCUUCAGACGGAACGCCUUCGAACAGAAACGGUUCUUAGUACGAUCAGAACAGCGAGUGGGCACACCUGUACCCUUGAGGAGACGGCAAGUGAGUAUUUUCGAACGCUCGUGCCCGAUGAUGAUCCUUCUACUGAGACUCAGGAGCAGGUUUCUGUGAGAGAGUUUGCCGCAACUGCGCCAGACACGGAGGAAGUCUAUAAAAUUCUCAAAACUCUCAAGAACAAUAAAGCUCCUGGCCCAGACAGGAUUGAGGUUAUGGCCCUAAAGAAGGCAUGGCCCAUCAUCGGACCUCACUUGGUGCGGCACUUUAAUGAUUGUCGUAAGUUCAGUGUCUUUCCAAAAACCUGA